AGUGAAAUAAGAAAAAAAUAAAGAGUAGAUCAGCAAAUAAUAACAUUUGUGUGUUGAAUAAUAUUUACAUGGUAAUAUGAUAAUAGUUAUAAGUGGAUUUUAUCGAACGAUGUAUAGAAGAAAAGUAAUGUUUCUACGUUUCCGAACGUGAAUGUAGGUCAGAAUAUUCGAUGAAAGCGUAAUAAAAUAUAAUGCAAGCAAUGAAUUGCGCUCAGUCGUAGUGUCAUUUCAAAACUCCACAAAGGAUGUUCUACAUUAUCUUUUUUUUUUUUUCUUACGAAUUUUGAAUACCAAGUUCUUCGAUUAGUGUGUUUGAAAUAAUUAAUUAACAGGAAGAAAAUAAAUGACAUUAUUUUUGUUGAAGUAUAUCUUAGAAAUGUAUUUAUCUGGGGAAUUUCGACGUAGCGUCAAACCGUUGAUAAUAAUGAAUUCGAUUUUUACUACUGGUCUACUGGAAUAUUUCGUCGAUAUUAAGAUUAACGCAAUCGGUAUAACUUAUGUUUGUUUCUCUAUUGUUUUCUAUUUCUCGCUGAUCUAUUCAUUAUCGCUACCUAUUACAAUAUUUGAACAAAAUCAACCGUCAAUUGCAAAACUAACACUACAAAUAUACGUUUACAUCGAUUACUUAUUUUACAUUAUCACUAUUAUCACUGGGAUUCUUAGACGAAAGAAGGUAAGACGUUUCACAUUGCAAUUGGAAACGUGUAUUCGAACUAUGGAUCAGCUGAAUAUACCAAUGAAUUUGUCUAAAUCUUUUUGGCAACAAUAUUAUCCUAUCUUAUUUUUCGUUUUCAUCGUAAUGUCUAUGGCAGUUUUAGAUUAUUCAUGGAUAAUAUUAAUAGAGUCUUGUUAUUGGAAAAUAUUUAUUUAUUUUUACCUCGAACGUUAUCCCUUUAUUAUAUUAUUAGUAAUUGAUGUUACUUUCGUAUUCUGGAUAAGGUAUAUAAAAAUCAAAUUUAGUCAAUUGAAUGAACUAUUGAAAGAUAUGCUUACAACUACUAUUCAUUCGCCGCAACAUAAAAGAGUCCUUCGAUAUAGGAGUAACAGCAAGAACGAUUCUCCGUUAUUAAAUAUUCAUCGAACUUAUAAACCUAACGAAGACAUUAUGAAGAUAAAAAAAGUCAGGGAAAUACAUCUGGAAUUAACCAAGUGUGCUAAAAAUACAAACGAUGCGUAUAGCUCAUAUACAUUGUUCUCUCUAAUAACAACUUUCAUUUUAAUCACUAUUACAACUUACAAUGCUUACUAUCAUUUAAUAAUUAAAUGCUAUUAUACGGAUCUCUUGCAAUGUUUUACUUAUUUAUAUUGGAUUUCUUACUUUGGUUUCAAGAUUAUCAUUGUAAGUCAUGUAUGUGCAAGAACUUCUUUACAUGCGACAAAUACCGGAGAUAUCCUUUGUGAAUUGUACGAACCGUCAACUUGCAAGGAAUUUCGUGCUGAGAUUCAUAACUUUACUCUACAACUUAUUCAAAAUCCGCUGUCAUUUACAACUUGUGGUUUCUUUAAUCUCGAUUAUACAUUGAUACAUGGUAUGUUCGGUGCUGUUAUAACUUACCUCAUUAUUCUCAUUCAAAUUGAAAAUGUAUCAUCAUAUACUUUCGUUGAAAGUUCGACCUUCACGAAAAUUACUUUAACUUAUACGUUAAAAAAUUUAAUUGAUAUUUUGGCGGAAGACCAAUUAACAAAAACGGCAGUAAUAAUUAGCAAGUUCGAAUAUUUUAGUAACUUCUUUCUCUAUGUCAUAUCACUUUUUGCUGGUUUAGUUAGAGAAAAGCAAAUAAAAUUCUUCAUAGAACAAUUGGAAAUUUGUACACGAAAAAUUGAUGAAUUAAACAUAUCGACAAUUUAUUCUUCUCUUUUCCAAUAUCAAUGUAUCGUAGGUGUAUUUUUGAUUUUUAACAUGUCAAGCUUAAUUUUACUCGAUAUAUUUUGGUACAUCCAUAAGAACUUAUCACACAAUAAUAUUUUAAUACUACACUAUUGUUACUUCAACAAUUAUCCUACCAUCGUAAUAAUGAUUAGCAACUUUACUUUUAUCUUUUGGAUCAGAUAUAUAAAAAUCAAAUUUGGUCAAUUGAAUAAUGUACUUCAAAGUAUGCUGACAACAACUAUCGAUUCCCCACAACAUAAGAGAGUGCUCCGAAUGAAAGACAAUUGGGAAGAUGAUUCUUCGUUAUCUAUUGUUUAUCGAAUGUACAAAGCGAAUGAGAACCUUGUGAAAUUAAAGAGGGUCAAACAAAUUCAUUUGGAAUUAAUAAAAUGUGCCAGAAUAAUAAAUGACGCUUAUGGAUUACAAAUGCUUUUAUCCACGUCGUCAUCCGUUGUAUUUCUAAUUACAUUAUUACAUGACUUAUACAUUAACGUAUCAGGAUACGAAUUGGACAAUUGGAUAGAAAAUUUCUAUGAGCUAUUAUAUUGGAUUAUUUUUUAUGUUAUUGAGAUUUUUACAAUUAGCAAUAUAUGUGAGGCAACGAUGACGGAAGUACUAAAAUCUUUUGGAAUUAUAAGAGAUAUUAAUAGAAAUGCAUAUUAUAUGAUUUCUCUUAUUUUUCUAUAUGCUGAGAAAAUUGGUGAUAUACUUUAUGAACUGUAUGAACCAUCGACCAGCAAGAAAUUUCGCGAUGAAAUUCGUGAUUUUACGUAUCAACUAGUUCAAAAUCGUUUGAUCUUCACCGCCUGCGGAUUCUACAAUCUAGAUCGUAAAUUUAUAUACAGUGCGAUCGGUUUGAUUAUUACUUAUAUCGUUAUUCUUAUUCAAAUUGGAGAUAAACCUAAAAUAUUGUCUAACAAUAUGUAUUCCAAUUCAACAUCGAGGAUAUGA